CACCAUCGUCGUCCUCUGCACUUCGGCAGCGCCCGCGCCACGCCAGGCAGCACCAUCGCCGCCGCACGUCCACUUCGCCAGCGGUCGCAUCUCCGGCAUCCCGCCGCCGGAGCACGUCAUCCAUCUCGAAGUAAUUCGCGUGUUUCCUCGUUCGUCUUCGUCGUUGCCCUCUCGGCUGAAUCGCGUGGAGUGGAGAUCCGUCCGGGCCUGCGGGCGUUUCCAUUUUCUGAUGGAUUCUCUUGAAAUCAAGAGAAAAGAAGAUUAUCAGAUGGAGCCCAUUGAAAUCAAGGAUGAUGAAGAGCAUCCGAUAGAGAUGCUUGUUGAUCAGCCUCGUUUUCUAGAACCUUUAUGUCCAGAGGAGGUCAAUGAAGACACACGGGUAUACCCUCGUGUAGGAGAUGAGUACCAGGUGAAAGUUCCAGAUCUACUAACCGUAGAGGAACAGAUGAAACUAAGGUCAUCAACAGUUUAUGGCAGCAUGGCGUUUGGCUUCGAGUACCCUGUGGGAGUAGGAUUAGCUAUUCCAGUCACAUGGACCCAAAAUAGAAGCAGUCAUAUAAAAGAAGAGCGGAUGGGAUUUCCAGGACACAGUUCAUUUCCUUCACAAGGUGAAGGUUCCAACCACAAGAGCGGGAAUGUUCUGGACAUUUUGUAUCAGCAUGGUGUUUGUUCAGAGUGUGUAAACUGUAAAGUUGAAUCCGCUGAACAAGGUGAGAAAUUACCAGGAUUUGUUGGACAAGACAUGCACUGCUUACAGAAAAGGAAGCUUUUAGGUUGUUCUUGUGUAAAUAGGAAACUUACUGAUUCUUUUCCAUUGCCUGGGAUGACAAGAUACUCCUGGACUGAUGAAGAGGCACAGAUUUUUCUUCUUGGUCUCUACAGUUUUGGGAAAAAUCUUGUCCAGGUGACAAGAUUUACUGAAACUAAGACGAUGGGAGAAGUUUUGUCAUACUACUAUGGAGAAUUUUUCAGGUCUGAUGCAUACAGACGAUGGGCUGUAUGUAGAAAAGCAAGAAGCAGGAGGUGUAUUUUUGGGCUGCGUAUAUUUUCUGGUCCAAGGCAGCAGGAAUUGUUGUCCCGUUUGCUUGCUGGUGUAGCUAGAGAAGUUGAAGCUCCUUUGUUGGAGGUCUUUAAGAUAUUAAAUGAGGGAACAUCUACUUUUGAGCAGUUUAUUUUGACCUUAAGAUCCACAGUUGGUGCUCAGGUUCUUGUACAAGCAAUUGGAAUUGGCAAAGGAAAAUAUGACCUGACAGGAUUUGCAUUAGAUCCUAGUAGAAAUCAUGGUAUCUCAGCACGCCCAGAAAUCCCUGUUGGCAAGGCUUGCUCAGCACUUUCAUCUGGAGAUAUCAUAAAGUUUUUGACUGGUGAUUUCAGAAUGAGCAAGGCAAGAUCGAAUGAUCUAUUCUGGGAGGCUGUUUGGCCUCGCUUGCUUUCAAGAGGCUGGCAUUCAGAGCAGCCUAAGGAUUCUUCACCAAUUGGAAAACAUGCUUUAGUCUUUCUGAUUCCAGGUGUAAAGAAAUUCUCUAGAAAAAAGCUUGUCAAGGGAAAUCAUUAUUUUGAUUCUGUUAGUGAUGUCUUGAGCAAAAUUGCAUCUGAACCAAGGCUGCUUGAAUUUGGAGUUGAGCGUGGUAAUGAUGAAAGUGUCAUUAAGCAUGAAAAUGGAUGGAGCCAUGAUUCUGAACCUGACAGAAACAUACUUCCUAACAAGAAACCUUCAUGCUAUAACCGUCCCACUGAGCCUGGCUGUUCUCCAGAGCUAAUGAAAUUUACUGUGGUGGAUACCAGUCUUGUUCAAGGGGAAGAACCUUCCAAGGUGAGGUCACUAAGAAACCUACCAACAGAUUCUAGCCAUGGUUACAUGUCUUCACCACAUUGUGGAGGCUCUGGAAGUGACAGUUCAGAGGAACACUCAGAUUCUGAGGACAGCUCUCGGUCUUGUGAACAUAUAAUCACUGAUGAUCGAAGCACAACCAAUGCAAAGUAUGCUAGUGAUGAGAGAAAAAGUAAGCCCCCAACAGCUGAUAAGGUGGAUUCUAGUGUAAUUCAGAAGUCUGCUUCCUCAGGCACAUUAGUGUCGAUUAAUGGUCAUAUUUCAACUGAUCAAGGUUUCAGCACAAUGAAUAAUGUAUCCUCUUCAAAUGCAACUAUUCUUCCUGUUGAUGUUCAAAUGGUCCAUGCUCCUACUACUUCCACUGAAAUAAGCUUUCAGUUUGAUCAAAGGCUUAAUGCUGAGUCCCAAAUUUUCUUAGCGCCUUUUUCAAAGAGGAGGAGGUUGGUUUCAUCCAAGACUGAAAGAACUGGUCGCAAGAAUACCACCACCAUUGAAAACCAUUACUGGAAGCAAGUUGACGAGCCAGUGCAUCAUGAUGCAUCUGGAGAAAAUGAAGCAAGCGGACCCAAAGCUUUUGUAUGGGGUGCAACUCCUAGCUCAUCAACUAACAUUUCCUUUGAAGUGAAUAACAAGAAACCGUACUGCAGACAGCUUGACAAUGUGCUCCCUAACGCUGAAACAAUGGUUUACAAGGAAACAUGCCAAAAUAGGCAUGUCAUUGAUCUUAAUAUCCCACAAAUGCCUUCUGAUUUUGAGUCAACUGUGAGCUACAUCGUCCCUCCAUCUGACAAAAAUGCAGAAACCACAAUCAGACCUAUACGUACUUCUGGAGCUGAGGAGGUGACUGACCGUGUUCCAGACAUAGAGGCCUCUAGUGAUGUGCUCUAUGAUGAGUUUUCUUUCAACUCAAGAAGACAUAGUAGCAGAAGCCGCCCACCAACAGCUCGAGCUUUGGAAGCUCUUGCCUGUGGCUUUCUUGGAACCAAACAGAAGGGCAGGGAGACAAGUUUCCCAUCUUCAAGCAGGAGCAGCAGACCUGUUCGGCGACCACGAAGAUCACCUGAUGUUGCACGGCCAUUUCCUUCUGAAGGCAAAGAAUGCACUUCUCGUUUCCCUGAUCCACCCAUGGAUGUCAAUGCAUGGCAGAUGAAUAAUUCUCCAUACCAAAUGAUUCAUAGCAGCUCCUCCGAUAAAUCCACAGAAAAAGGUAGCCCUGACUUGUUUGGAGCAGACAAGUCUACCGAUAAAGGAGUUCAUGAAUUGUAUGGCAUACCUUAGAUCACAUGUAAGGUCGAUCAUAUCCUGCUAUAUCUUUUGAUUAAUCAACCUUUAUUGAAUGGAUUGGCUGCUGGUUAAGAGAGUGAAGUGAUGGUAUGGUCAAGAUGCAGCCUGCAGUUAAGUCAUGGGUACUGCUUGUUCAAACUUUAGUUUGUUGUUGAGAAACAAAUGGAAGAAGCUUAUACAGCUGAGGUUUCUGUUUCAUCUAUAGUUUUGUGCAUGUACAUUGCCUAAAUAUUCCAGCAUCGAUACUUAACAAGAAUAGAUGACACCAACGAACUACAAAGAUGUGAUCGACGAUUGCUUUCGCAUCGGCGCUUCAGCUUCCAGUAGCUUGUCAAACUUUAUGUGAUAGAAUCAUGUGCUUCUUGUCGGAAGCCUGUGAUGAAUCUUUGACCUUUUCCUUUGAGAUUUUAUGGUUAAGCUUUACUGAGAGUUAUACUCUUGCUCUUUAUUACAUGUACUGUGUGGCGGUAGCUGAACAAGUGUAAUAGCGCACCGUAUAAGAACCAUACCUGAACUAGACCUGAGUUGAGACUGUUUCUCUGUCGACAAGCCAGAAGACCUAAUAUUAUAAGCUUACUUGU